GCUUCUUGUUCCCCAACGAGGUGGCGAGGAUAAAAUCAGAGUGGGAAGAUCGCGAGUAUUUGGGUUUCAUUACACCACCCGAUCGAAGCCAUGCCGAUACGAGAUCGCUAAAAGUAGACCCAACGCAGUCCGCCUCUCAGAGGACCGACGGCCCGACGUACUCCACCGUUCUCAAGAAGUAUUACCGCUAUUCCUAUCCGUUCGCCUCCAGGUGGACAACUCCAUACCUUUCACCCUUACCGAAGAAGGGUGAAUUGCUCCACUUUGAACGGUAUCGGCGGGACGUCGAGUUGGACGCCUUGGUAGAAGGUAGUCAAGUCAGUCAAAUACUAUCCUCUAUCGACGACACAUACGAGGUAUUAAACCGAUGGAAGGACGACAUUCGUCAAAAUGGGUGGAAAAAGCGAUAUCUAAUCGAUGACCAAUCACAUGAGCGGCAACAUGGAGCUACUCACAUGCCUGGCCUUCCCAUAGGAGGAACAGUGGUUGUCCACUAUGUCAAGAACGACGAACAUUGGGGAGAGUGUGUGGAUGUCUUGUUGAACAGUUGGGAUAGAGAAAGAGAACUCAUAGAGGAUACUGCGCUCUUAGAGAUGAUGACAAAUUUAUGA